CCUGCAGAAAGCACUAGGCUUGGUCACAGGGAGCAUCAUGGCCAUGACGCUGGGUUACUGGGACAUCCGUGGGCUGGCUCACGCCAUCCGCCUGCUCCUAGAAUACACAGGCUCAAGCUAUGAGGAGAAGACAUACAGGAUGGGGGAUGCUCCUAACUAUGACAAAAGCCAGUGGCUGAAUGAGAAGUUCAAGCUGGGCCUGGACUUUCCCAAUCUGCCCUACUUGAUUGAUGGAGCUCACAAGAUCACCCAGAGCAAUGCCAUCCUACGUUACAUUGCCCGCAAGCACAACCUGUGUGGGGAGACAGAGGAGGAGAAGAUUCGUGUGGAUGUUUUGGAGAACCAGGUUUGGGACAUCCGCAUUCAGCUUGUCAUGGUCUGCUACAGCCCUGACUAUGAGAAGCUGAAGCCUGAGUUCUUGGAGGGCCUUCCUGACAAGAUGAAGCUCUUCUCCCAGUUCCUGGGGAAGCGGCCAUGGUUUGCAGGGGACAAGAUCACCUUUGUGGAUUUCCUGGCUUAUGAUGUCCUUGAUAUCCACCGAAUGUUUGAACCCAAGUGCCUGGAUGCGUUCCCCAACCUGAAGGACUUCAUGUCCCGCUUUGAGGGACUGAAGAAGAUCUCUGCCUACAUGAAGACCAGCCGCUUCCUCCGAAAGCCUCUGUUUUUAAAACAGGCCACAUGGGGUAACAAGUAGGGGCCCUGUAAUGCCAAUACACACACGUGGAGAGGAUCUGCACCUGUGGCCCUCUUGCUUCUUAGCACUGCUGCCUCAGUCUUCUCAAUCCUUUGUCCUUCCUUCUCCUCCCUUCUCGGCAAAGGCCACUAUCUCCUUCUAUUCAGACCCCUCUACAGUUGAGCCUCUGUAAGCUUCAGAUCCCAGUUUCUUCAACAAAGCCUCUACCUUCUUGUUCUUGCCCUGAAUCUAACCAUAUAGCCUCUGUCCUGCUUGGAGGAGCUUGAUUGACCCCAGUACCCCUGAAGUUCCUGCACCAGUUUUGUGUGUUCAGGCCCUGGUUCCCAGUGUGGGGGCUGCCCAGCCUUAUGUUACCCCCAGUAAAGCCUGAGCCACA